UUUUCUGUGCUCUUGUUGCCUUGUGCUGAUCCCUCCCUCUAUCUCCAUCUAUCUCUUUCUCUAUGUCUGCGCGCGGUUCUGGCUAUAGCUAAGCCCUCUCCUUGCUUUCUGUGCCAUCCAAUAUAUCUCUCCUGAAAGGAAGUGUUCCCUCUGUCCUCUAGCUAUCCCUCCCAGCACACAGAGCAGCAACAAGCUCUCUGCCUAUCGUCCUGCCAAGCUGCCUUCCUCGGCAGCUAGCGAGAGCUGGAGUUUAACAAAGGAGGGUUAGGAGCAGCAGUGAGAUUCGGUAGCUAGCUGCUAGUUGGUGCUGCCUUCUAGUCUAGCUAUAGCUUAAUUGGUUUUCUUCUUCUUCCUCUUCCUCUUCGCGUCGAUCCUGAGUGAUGGGAAGGGCUCCAUGCUGCGAUAAGAACAACGUGAAGAAAGGGCCGUGGUCGCCUGAGGAGGAUGCCAAGCUCAAGGAGUUCAUGGACAAGCACGGCACCGGCGGCAACUGGAUCGCGCUCCCGCAGAAAGCAGGAUUGAGAAGAUGUGGCAAGAGCUGUAGGCUUAGAUGGCUUAAUUACCUAAGGCCAAACAUUAAGCAUGGGGAGUUCACAGAUCACGAAGACAGGGUCAUCUGCAGCAUGUAUGCAAGUAUUGGAAGCAGGUGGUCGAUCAUCGCGUCGCAGCUCCCGGGCCGAACGGACAAUGACAUCAAGAACUACUGGAACACCAAGCUGAAGAAGAAGCUCCUGGGCUCCAACACGGGCAGCGGCCCUCCGGCGCGCUUGCCACGGCAUCACCCGCACCAGCACCGGCCUGUGCAGCUGCUCCCGUACUCAUCAUCCCCUUCUUCCAACUACAACACCAGCAGCUUCUUCCCCGGCGCCGGCUCCCAGCUCCUCAAUGCCGAACCCCACGGCCACCUCAUCAUCCCCACGCUAACCCUACAGCCCCAGUUACAAGACUACACCAUGCUCAGCAGCUCCCUGAACCCCAUGGCGAACCACAACCACAACAACAAUGUCGACGCCUCCGUGAUGAACCACAUGGUGAAGGAGGAAUGCGGCGCCAUGAUCGUGUUCGGCGGCGGCGAGCAGCAGAGCUGCAGCUCCUCGGACGGGACGCAGUUCGGCCAGUUCGGCGGGCGCCAUGGGAAGGAGCUGAGCAUGAGCUUCGACAACAACAACAAUGGAUACGGCUACGGUGGAUAUCAUCAUAACAAUGGCGCCGCCGUAGAGCAGGAGGUUCAGGCGCAGCUGGACUACGGGUACGAGGAGAUCAAGCAGCUGCUGAUGACGGCGGCGGGCGGCGGCGGCGGCGAUGGUGGAGGACUCCAUGACCAGCUCAUCAGCAGCUCGCACGCUGCUGGCAAGUUAACCAUGAUGUAAAGUAAGUUAAAGGGAGUAAUUAUUAAGAUCCAGGCGCGUAAAGAAGAUGAAGAACGUACCAUUGCUAAGGUGUGUGUGUGUUUCUUAUUGUGUCGAUUUUUUUUCUUUCUUUUUCUUUUCUUUUAUUUUCCUUUGAUUUGUGUAGUGUUGGGACGAUCGAUCCCGUGUCACGGCUGCAUGCAUGCAUGCGUGCACGUGCGUGCCAGCGCUGCAUUGACAGCCUGUGUGUAUGUGAGCGUGACAUGGGACCCACGUACCAGAUUCUCUCUCCCCUCUUCUUCCUGCUACUGUUAAUUGUUGAUGUACCCCUUUUUACUCUCUCUUUCUCAGCAGAGGUAUAGUGUUAUGAAGUUCAUAUCAACUCCUAUUACUGUGCAA